UGUGUAGUUAACCAUGAUAAAUAAAAAACUCAAGGUAAAUUCCAGUAUGACACAGUCACUGAGUGCAUGUGCAACAUAACUGAAAGUGAAUUAAUGGCAAAUGUGAAGGAGAUAUAUACAAGCGUCCGGCUCCUAUAUUAAGCGGGGCAUUCCAGAGAGCUUCAGGACAUCAGGAUUGGGAGGGAGUUCCGCUGAACAAACACUCACUCUAACGGCACCAUCUCCCUCUCCCACACGGCGAAACAAACAUAACGCAGAGCAGGACACAGAGAGGAGACAACGUUUCUAGGGACCGCAGAAAACGCUUUAACAUUGUUGUAAAAUGCAGAAACGAGCUUUGUUUCUCACCACAACAUUUCGGAUAUUCGAGAGAAGAAAGAAAACGUUUGAAGCAACGCUGUUUCGAUGUUUUAGGAGUUUUCUGUACUUCUAUCUGCUAUCGCUAGUCGCAGCUGAAUGCCCUGUUCAGUUCAACCCACCGAGACUUGUCGUGAAGUACAACAGUCCUGUCUCAGUUAACUGUAGUGCUACUGUCACUCAUGAAGGGAUGGGAUGGGAAAGGGCUGAGGGAGUAGUAUCCACUAUCAACGACAGUCUGGUCACCUGGAAUGUACAAAACCUGAGACUAUGGGAAAAAGAUGUAUUCUGCUUCAUCAACUAUGAUAAUGGAAAACAAUGUUCAUCACCUCUCCCAAUCACUAUUUACAAGACUCCAGACAGUGUGUCCAUCAGCACAGUGGAUCACACAGGACCAAUGAUUGAGGGCGAACAUUAUAAGCUCCAGUGUGAUAUUCAGGAUGUGGCUCCUGUUAAAAGUCUAAGGGUGAAAUGGUUCAAAGGAGAGACUCAGUUGAAUCUCACCACCUUCAGUGACACCACCAAGACUCCAGUGAGUGAAUCUGCAACACUCUUGAUCACUGCAAACAAAGCGGAUGAUGGAGUUCAGUACAGGUGUGAAGCAGAACUGGAACUGGGACCAGACGGACCUCAAACUCCUCCUACAGUGACAUCAGAACCUCUCAACAUUACUGUGCACUAUAAACCGAUCAUCAAUGAAAUCAAGUUGCCCUACAAAGUGUAUGUGUCUCGAGGCUAUCCACUUGUGCUGGUUUGUGAAGCAGAUGGACACCCAAAUCCAACAAUCAGCUGGAACCACACCAACAAUUCUGGUGGAAAUCUUACUAUACCAGAAGCAACAUAUGAGACUAAUGGUAUUUACUACUGCAAUGCUUCAAAUACUGUUGACAGCAUCAUCAGAAAUGUAACAGUGGUUGUACAAGAUAUUUCCAUCAAAAUUGUAAAUCACACAGGACCAAUGAUUUGGGGUGAACAGUAUAAGCUCCAGUGUGACAUUCAGGAUGUGGGUCCUGUUAAAAGUCUAAGGGUGAAAUGGUUCAAAGGAGAGACUCAGGUGAAUCUCAUCACCUUCAGUGACACCACCAAGACUCCAGUGAAUGAAUCUGCAACACUCUUGAUCACUGCAAACACAGCGGAUGAUGGAGUUCAGUACAGGUGUGAAGCAGAACUGGAACUGGUAGCAGAAGGACCUCAACCUCCUAUAGGGAAAUCAAAACCUCUUAACAUUACAGUUCAUGUUAAACCGAUCAUCAAUGAGACAAAACUGGCUCCCAAAGUUCCUGUGUUUCGAGGAUAUAUAACGGUGCUUGUAUGUGAAGCAGAGGGAUACCCAAAACCAACAAUCAGCUGGGGCCCCAACCCUAAUGUUAAAGCUGAUGGUGGAAAUCUAACUAUAACAGAAAAAACACCUGAGAAUAUUUACUGCAUUGCAAACAAUUCUGCCGGCAGCACAACCAGAUAUGUAACAUUGGUAUUCAAAGAGGAUCACCUGCCUUUAAUAGCAGGUCUUGUUGCAAUCACAGUGGCAUUCAUCUCAGUCAUCUUCAUCUUCAUCUACUCAAUAUACUACAAAAAAGCCAAGAUGGGUCAAUAUAUUCUGAAGGAUGCCAAACCUAGUGCACAAAAUGGAAAUAUAGCACAGAAUGGCAAAGACAACACUAUCCCCAUGAAGAAACUCUCUCAGAGCAAUAUACCUACCAUGCAGAAGAGGCAAGACGCGUUAUUCGAGGCAAUGUAUACAAUAGCCGUAAAGCGUAGCGGAAGUAGAUUAGCCAUGCUUGCGGUGACGCGACUCAUUCUUUGCCUGCCACUGGCGUUGUCUGGCUUCUCGCAUUCAACACGUCUUGUGUUUGGGAGCCUCCCAUUUGAAUAUAUCGGGUGCUGUUUUAAUUUGAGUGGGGUGUUGUUCGCGGAACCGCACACGGUUUCUUGUCCGGUCGACAAGAUGCUUCUGUGUUUGCUUGGACUUGUUUAUCUAUCAGCAGUUGUACAGAUGAACUCAGAUGCAGAAUGCCCUGUUCAGUUCAACCCACCGAGACUUGUCGUGAAGUACAACAGUCCUGUCUCAGUUAACUGUAGUGCUACUGUCACUCAUGAAGGGAUGGGAUGGGAAAGGGCUGAGGGAGUAGUAUCCACUAUCAACGACAGUCUGGUCACCUGGAAUGUACAAAACCUGAGACUAUGGGAAAAAGGUGUAUUCUGCUACAUCAACUAUGAUAAUGGAAAACAAUGUACAUCACGUCUCCCAAUCACUAUGUACAAGACUCCAGACAGUGUGUCCAUCAGCACAGUGGAUCACACAGGACCAAUGAUUGAGGGCGAACAUUACAAGCUCCAGUGUGACAUUCAGGAUGUGGCUCCUGUUAAAAGUCUAAGGGUGAAAUGGUUCAAAGGAGAGACUCAGUUGAAUCGCACCACCUUCAGUGACACCACCAAGACUCCAGUGAGUGAAUCUGCAACACUCUUGAUCACUGCAAACAAAGCGGAUGAUGGAGUUCAGUACAGGUGUGAAGCAGAACUGGAACUGGGACCAGACGGACCUCAAACUCCUCCUACAGUGACAUCAAAACCUCUUGACAUUACAGUUCAUUAUAAACCAAAACACUCCAGUUCUGUGGAGAUCAUCAGUACAAACAGCAAUGAGGUCUCACUCGAUUGUACAGUGGUGGCAAAUCCAGCUCCUACGUACACUUGGCACUCCGAACAUUUGCAAGAAAAGAAAACCUCCUCAGUGCUCCCAUCCUCUACACUUACUCCAGGAAACUACACGUGCACUGCCACAAACUAUCUAGGAGAAUCCAGCAAAGUGUUCAUUAUCGAAUCUACAGAUGCAGAAUGCCCUGUUCAGCUCAACCCACCGAGACUUGUCGUGAAGUACAACAGUCCUGUCUCAGUUAACUGUAGUGCUACUGUCACUCAUGAUGGGAUGGGAUGGGAAAAGUUUGAGGGAGAAGAAUCCACUAUCAACGACAGUCUGGUCACCUGGAAUGUACAAAACCUGAGACAAUGGGAAAAAGGUGUAUUCUGCUACAUCAACUAUGAUAAUGGAGAACAAUGUACAUCAAUUCUCCCAAUCACUAUUUACAAGACUCCAGACAGUGUGUCCAUCAGCACAGUGGAUCACACAGGACCAAUGAUUGAGGGUGAACAUUAUAAGCUCCAGUGUGACAUUCAGGAUGUGGCUCCUGUUAAAAGUCUAAGGGUGAAAUGGUUCAAAGGAGAGACUCUGUUGAAUCUCACCACCUUCAAUGACACCACCGAGACUCCAGUGAGUGAAUCUGCAACACUCUUGAUCACUGCAAACAAAGCGGAUGAUGGAGUUCAGUACAGGUGUGAAGCAGAACUGGAACUGGGACCAGACGGACCUCAAAGUCCUCCUACAGUGACAUCAAAACCUCUUGACAUUACAGUUCAUUAUAAACCAAAACACUCCAGUUCUGUGGAGAUCAUCAGUACAAACAGCAAUGAGGUCUCACUCGAUUGUACAGUGGUGGCAAAUCCGGCUCCUACGUACACUUGGCACUCCAAACAUUUGCAAGAAAAGAAAACCUCCUCAGUGCUCCCAUCCUCUACACUUACUCCAGGAAACUACACGUGCACUGCCACAAACUAUCUAGGAGAAUCCAGCAAAGUGUUCAUUAUCGAAUCUACAGGAGAGCACCAUAAAGUCCACCGGGUGCCCUUUCUCGCAGGUUAUACGUUAUUCAAGGACCCGAAAGCAGUUGCGGAACACAGACGAUCGCUUCACGCUCUCGCAAACGCGACAAUCCCAGGCAUUUAUCUGCCCAAGCACCAGCACAAAGAGAGAGAGACUAUUCAGUGGAGCAUCUCAUGAUCUUGAGUUUGCCAGAAAGCUGAGCAACUUUUGUUCUUGAAGAGAAACCUGACACUUUUACUUAAAUAGAAAGCGGUCCAAUUUGCUAUGUGUACAGCAAUUACAUUAAAAUGUAGCCCUGCAAAACUUUGUUCUUCACUUGAGGCUACAUUUGUCGUUUACAGUCGAGUUUGGUUUUAGUUCAAUUACUGCUGUUUUGUGCUGU